UGGAAAAAGCAAAAGAGUUACACUGUGCUCUUUUCAUCUUCCCAUGUUUUCUUAGUCUUCUUAGUCUUCUCCAACUUCAUUAAGGCUUUGAGGGUUCAUCAGUGGCUAUACAAUAAUGAGUUUCAUGAUCAAGUAGGAUCAAGUAGUGCGUCGUUGAGAAAGAGCCUGAAGAGCACUAAUGGGAAAGAAGAAGAAGAAUAUGAAACUUGUUUCAGACGCUAAUACCCUAAUCGAUUUGGUGUUCUCUUGGUCUAUUGGAGAUGUUCUCAACGAAAACUUUUACAUAAAUCAGGUGCAGAGGAUCCCCAACACAUUUGACACAGUGUCGAGCUACAAGCAAUCAUUCAUGCCUUCCCUUGUUGAGGAAACUCAUGCUGAUUUACGAUCGAGUAUGUUGAGUCUGUCACAUGCCCCUACUUGUGAAAUUCUGACAAUGGAAGAUUCCGAUAAACCUCCUGAUGACUUGUUUUACGAUGUAACGUAUCAUAGAGAUACAGAAACCGAUGAAGAUCACAUAGAAUUGAUGUAUGUGCCACAGGUUGGAGAUAUCAUCGCCUUGACAAAUGUUAGACCAAAAGGCAUUCAUGAUUUGAAUAGUCCUCCAAGGUUCUAUCAUAUCGCUUAUGUUGCUAAAGCAAAUGAUAUUGAUGAAUUUCCUGAUCUCCUCCAGUUCCAAAUUUUAUCAUCGAAGCCUAUCGACUGUGAAGAACUAGACCUGAGUAAAAGGAAGAGAGAAACACUUUUUGCAGUCUAUCUUAUGAACUUGAUGACAAAUGUCCGUGUAUGGAAAGCUUUGAACUCUGAAGAGGGGAAUACAAGAAUCAUUAACAAAGUUCUGCAACCCAAGUCAGAUGAUGGCGACUCUUGUUUAGUUUGCCUCUCCGAGGGAAGAUCUUACACCGACAUUUCUUCUAUAUGGUCUACAAUUCGCUCACAAAAUCUAAAUGAAUCCCAGGAAGCUGCAGUUUUGAACUGUAUCAGCUUGAGUCAAUGCCAUCACCAGAAUUCCGUUAAAUUAAUAUGGGGUCCUCCUGGUACUGGCAAGACGAAGACAAUGAGUCUGACACUCUUUGCUCUCUUUCAGUUAAAGUGCAGAACUCUCACAUGUGCUCCCACAAAUAUUGCCGUCCUAGAAGUCGCAGCAAGGCUCCGGAGAUUGGUUAAUCAGUCACUCGAGCAUAGCAGGUAUGGACUAGGAGAUAUAGUUCUCUUUGGUAAUAAGAAGCGGAUGAAGAUUAACGAUAAUAAUGAGAUUCGUGACAUAUUUCUUGACCAUCGUGUGAAAAUCCUCAUCAAGUGUAUGGCCCCUUUAUCUGGAUGGAAACAUGUGUUAUCAUCAAUGAUAAAUCUGCUUGAUGAUCCAGAGGAACAAUAUUCUUUGUAUUUGGCAAAGAAAGCUGAAGAGCAAAAACAGAAUGCAGAAAAAAAUGAGGAAAAUGAUCAAAAUAUGGAUUAUCCUUUGACAUUUGAGGAGUUUGUGAAGACUAAAUUUGGUUCUAUCAGUCAGGAGCUGAAGACUUGUAUGGUAGGUUUGUACACCCACUUACCAACUUCUUGUAUAUCACUCACAGUGGUGAGGGACAUGGUAAGAGCUUCGGGUUUGCUCAAUUCUAUUAAAUCUUCAUUGCAAACUAUUAGUUCUGGUAAUGAAGGAUUGAAGUUACGUCUCAAUGAUAUCAAAGUUCGAGGAAGCACUGUUGGUUGCCUUGCGCAGCUGAGAGCAAAGUGUACAACGACACUGAAGGCGCUUCCAAUGGCAUUCUCUGCUCCUAAUAUGGAAUAUUCAUUAAGGAAUUUCUGCCUAGAAAAUGCUUGCUUGAUAUUCUGUACUGCCUCAACUUCUUCCAAGUUGCAUAUUGUAGCACAACAGGCACCAUUAGAUUUGUUGGUCAUUGAUGAGGCUGCUCAGCUAAAAGAAUGUGAGUCAGCAAUUCCCUUACAAAUAUCUGGUGUCCGCCAUGCUAUCCUUGUAGGAGAUGAGAGGCAACUCCCUGCCAUGGUUAAAAGCGAGAUUGCGGCAACCGCUGGUUUCGGAAGAAGUUUGUUUGAAAGGCUGGCAAAGUUGGGACACAAGAAGCACCUACUCAAUGUUCAGUACAGGAUGCAUCCAUCCAUCAGUAUAUUUCCGAAAACAGAGUUCUAUGACAACCAUGUAGUAGAUGGUCCAAAUGUCCUAGAAAGUAGUUACAAGAGGUGCUUCCUCAAGGGGAAUAUGUACCAAUCCUAUUCCUUCAUAAAUGUAGCCCAUGGAAAAGAAGAGUUUGAUCACAGAUAUAGCCGGAAAAAUAUGGUGGAGGUUGCUGUAGUCUCUGAGAUAGUAGCAAGCCUGUAUAAAGAAUUCAUUGGAACAAAGAAGAAAGUUAGUAUUGGGGUCAUAUCACCAUACAAAGCUCAAGUUUAUGUUAUUCAAAAGAUACUCGCAAAAUAUACUAAAACUUGUUCCAAUACUGGUUUCUCCGUAAGUGUGCGAUCUGUUGAUGGGUUCCAAGGUGGUGAAGAAGAUGUGAUAAUUAUAUCUACUGUCCGAUGCAAUGGGAACGGGUCAGUUGGUUUCUUGUCAAACCGGCAAAGAGCAAAUGUUGCACUAACACGCGCCAGGUACUGCCUUUGGAUAUUGGGGAAUGCGUCAACUUUGAAUGCUAGUGACUCUGUUUGGAAGAAGCUGGUCCUUGAUGCCAAGAAACGUAACUGUUUUUAUAAUGCUGAUGAAGACAGCAACUUGGCUCAGGCUAUUACAACUGCCCUGCUUAAGCUUGAGCAGGUUCAUUCUCUGCUUAAUAUCGACUCUAUGCUGUUCAAAAACGCUAUAUGGAAGGUUUGCUUCACUUGUGAGUUUUUGAACUCCAUCAAAAAAAUUAAAGAUACUGUGGUUCUUCGGGAAGUGCUUGCAUUGUUAACCAAACUAGCAAAUGGAUGGCGCCAACCUCACAAAGAUAAAAGAAAUGAUGGAACUUCUGCUCAACUGUUAGAAAAGUAUAAAAUCAAAGGACACUUGAAUCUCAUUUGGACUGUAGAUAUUCUCCAGGAGAACGUGCAUUAUGUCCAAGUUAUAAAGUUCUGGGAUAUUUUACCAUUUUCUCAUUUACCAAAACUGGAAAAGCAUCUGGACAUUGUUUUUGGAAAAUUUUCGGCAGAUAAGAUGAACCGCUGCAAGAAGAAAUGCAUUGACAGGGAUCUUUGUUUUCCAAUGAGAUGGUCGGUGGUUAGAAAUCUCCCUGAUCAUGAGGAGCUCCUUUCAAAGCCAUUAUCUUCUCUCAGUAUAACAAAUCAUCAAAAAGCAUCAAUUUCGACAUAUGGGGAGACAGAGAAAGCAGCAAGACCAAUUAUCCGUGUAAAGAGCAAAGUUAGUCAGAAAGAAAGAAAGUUAUGGAAAAUAAAGGCUGAAGACGGAGUGAAGGAUUUCAGCACUUGCAUUGAAGCAGAUCGUAUGGAGUUCUUGUCAAAACCAUUGUCAUCACUGAGUCUAGCAGAUAAGCCAGAAGCAUCGAUCUCCAGUCACAUGGAAGAUGCAGAAAGAUACCGUAACAAAAGCAUAUCAAAAAGCAUUGUGAAACAAAAGAGUUCAUCAUCAAAACCAAGAUUUUUAAAUGUUGGAGAGCCUAGUCCACAAAACACCGAGCUUUUUGAACACCAGGAAACAUCAUCAAGCCAGCAUCAAGCCGACGGAGUGAAAGACCAAAAAUCAGGCGAGGUGAAUCAAUUUUAUUUAAGGGCAAAUGAGGCUCAUCACCAUUCGGGUGGAUAUGCAUGGAGGAGGGUAGACCAGCGAAAAGAGUUGAUUGGAGCUGGCAUGGAGGAUGAUGCCUUUUCUGUUGUUGAGCCAACUGGAGACAAAAAGAAGUCGAGAAGAAACCGAAAAGGGUCCGGUUUAAAGGCACCAGGCUCUAAACAAUCCACCCAAAGAAACAAGAUGAAGAUCUCAGCCAAAUGUGGCUGUAUUACAGAAUUGUCUAGUCAGCCAGUAUCAUUUGUAUCAAGUGAAGCGAUGCAAUCAGAGACUGAGAUCAAAACUCUUGCAACAAUAGACAUCAGUGCUAAGAAUGAAGGUGCUGAUGGUUCUGUGUUCGAGUUGAUUGGAGCUGGCAUGGAGGAUGAUGUCUUUUGUGUUGUUGAGCCAACUGGAGACAAAAAGAAGUCGAGAAGAAACCGAAAAGGGUCUGGUUUAACGACACCAGGCUCUAAACAAUCCACCCAAAGAAACAAGAUGAAGAUCUCAGCCAAAUGUGGCCGUAUUACAGAAUUUUCUAGUCAGCCAGUAUCAUUUGUAUCAAGUGAAGCGAUGCAAUCAGAGACUGAGAUCAAAACUCUUGCAACAAUAGACAUCAAUGCUAAGAAUGAAGGUGCUGAUGGUUCUGCGUUCGAGUUGAUUGGAGCUGGUAUGGAGGAUGAUGCUUCUUCUGUUGUUGAGCCAACUAGAGACAAAAAGAAGACAAGAAAAAACAGAAAAGGACCUGGUUUAAAGGCACCAAGCUCUAAACAAUCCACCCAAAGAAACAAGAUGAAGAUCUCAGCUAAAUGUGGCUGUAUUACAGAAUUUGCUAAUAAGCCAGUGUCAUUUGUAUCAGGUGGCGUGAUGCAAUCAGAGACUGAGAUCAAAACUCUUUCAAGAAUAGACACUAGUGCUAAAAAUGAAGGUGUUGUUGGUUCUGCAUUCGAGUCACACACCAAGAGUUUCGGAUCAAAGAUGUUGGCUAAGAUGAGUUUUAUUAAAGGUGGUGGAUUGGGGAAAGACGGACAAGGUAGAGCAGGGCCUGUUGUAGUGGUACAACGUCCUAAAUCACUUGGAUUGGGGAUCAUUCUUAUGGAGUAGCACUUCCGGCUAACUAUAUGGUGUUUGACUGUUCGUGAAUUACAUUGUCCGUAUCUCUAUAUUGUAAUCAUGGAAUUGAGGCUCCAACCGAUAAAAUAGAGCUCUCCUAUUAUGACUAGGAAACUGUGCUCUUCGUUUUCUGUUGAGCCUUUAAUGAUGUUUGAGCAUUAAAAUAUGUAUCUAAUAUAUUUGUUGUGCAU